AUGCGGAAUCGCGGUGCCAGUCCAGACGGAGAGCCGAAUGUGUCGUCCAAUGACGGCGCGGAAGAGAUGACGCUGUCCGGCGAGCCCGUUGCCGGCCGUUACAAGAAAUGCGGGGAGCUGAGCGACGCGGAGUUUCUGGCGGUGCACGGCAAGACGAGAGCGCAGAUCGCGGAGGAGAAGCGGCUUGUGGAGGCUCAGGGGAUGGAGAUUAACUACCUCGUGCCGCCGCGGUCGACGAAGCUGUCGGACGUGAUCGCAGUGUUUAUCGCGCACAUGCUGCCGUUCACGCUCGCUCCUUUCAUCCUCACAAUAAUAGUCGUGUACAUCUCGUACAUGUUGCUGGGGUGGCUGGGACCGCUCAUCUCCUUCCUCGUGCUCUUCUACCUCACCGUCUGCCGGAUGCAUUACGACCCCAACACGCGCCGCAAGUACCAGGAGCUGUACCUGAAGAUGGCGCGGAACAUGGUAUCAGUGCGCAUGGUGACGCCCAGAAACCCCGUCCUCAACACACUUCCUUCCCUUCUCCCGUCUCUGCUCAUUCUCACCCUCUUACGCCCUCAGGAACUGUACCUGAAGAUGGCGCGGUAUAUGGUAUCAGUGCGCAUGGUCACGCCCAGGGACCCCAUCCCCGACGGGCCGUACAUCUUUGCGUUCCACCCGCACGGCCGCAUGUUCUACUCCACCUCGCUCAUCAUCCAGUCCCACGAGCUGUGGCGGAAGCACUUCUGCCCCAAAGCAGGGGCGUUCUUCGUGGUGCCCAUUGUGCGCAACAUUCUCAACAACCCCUCACUCCAGCCCUCGCACAAGCCUUCUAUCACAUACGCCUCCCACCUGCUCCCACCUCCCCCAGGCGACUUCUUCGGGUCAGCAGCGGGGGCGUUCUUCGUGGUGCCCAUUGUGCGCAACAUUCUCAACAACCUGGGGCUCGUGUCCGUGGAUAAGCCUGCCAUCGUGCGCACGCUCCGGAACAAGAACCACCUUGCAAGCAACCCCUUGAACGUUCUGGGGCUUGUGUUUGUGGACAAGCAUGCUAUCGUGCGCACGCUCCGGAACAAGAACCACGUGAGUGCUCGCAUGAGAGAGAAGCAUGGGUGUGGUGAGAGGGAGCAUGGGAAUGUGGCGACUGAGCAUGGGAGCGGGGCGAAGGAGAGUGGAAGUCAGGUGACGGAGUACGGGAGUGGUGAGAAGGGGCAUGGGAGUGGUCAGAAGGGUCGUGUGACAAUAACAAUCGGCGGGGUGAAAGAGAUAUGCCUGGGCACCAGCCCUGAUUACGACACGCUCUACCUCAUGAAACGAAAGGGGUUCAUUAAAGUGGCGAUGGAUGAGAAGGUGGGCAUCGUGCCCAUCUACAACUUCAAUGAGAACCAGAUCUUCCGGCCAGAGCCGCACUGGUUCCUGGCGUUCUGGGAGUGGGUGAACAACUACGUGGGCCUGGGCGUGCCAGGCAUGAGAGGCUACCUGCAGAUGCCCAUGCCCUUCCGCAAGGAGCUGCUCUUCGUGGUGGGCAAGCCAUUGUUCGCAAAGGAUGGGGAGGCGGUGGACGAGUUUCAUGCACGCUACAUGGACGCACUCAAGCAGCUCUUCGACACCUACGUCCCCAUCCCUUUCCGUCUGCUUUUCGUGGUGGGCAAGCCGUUGUUUGCAAAAGAAGGAGAAACGGUGGACGACUUUCAUGCGCGCUACGUGGAGGCUCUCAAGCAGCUCUUCGACACCUACGUCCCCAUCUCGCCCCACCCCUCACACAAACUCGUCAUCACAUAG